GUACUUUGUUCGCCGUCGUACUUUUGCAUUAUUCGCCCCAAACUUAUCCUUCUUGAAGCCUUCUGAAGAUGCGAUGGAGUGUAAGAACUGCGAGCUGAGACAACGUCAGUACUAUUGCGCAAAUUGUUUGAGAAACCAUCUACGCGAUUUUCGCCUUCAAACUCACCAUUUUUCCUCAGACAGAAAUGAGCAUGUUGCUCGUGCAUCCCGGGCAUUUAAGUCUAUUGAAGCUGGUCGCCUCCUUCGUGCAGAGAUUGCACGAGCAGACUACAGGCUCGACCAAUUAGCAGAUAACCUUGCCAAAGUGAGAAGAGACUGUGAUAAUAAACGCGACCGCCUUCGUACCCUCAGAGAGACCCUUGCUCAGCGCAAACGGACACUUCACGCUGCACGCCUCCUUCCGCCCCAGUCACAAACGCUUACCAAGGAAUCUCAGGAGCUCUCUGUGCUGAGUCAAACUAUUGCCAGGGCACGCUCAGGCCUUGUACAGGAACUAGUAGAGGUGUUUCACGUCGUCGAAGUGGGGGGACGACCUGCAGUGGGUGGCCGGCCAGGCGCAAGGGGAGAAUGGACUGUUGGCGGACUGGUUCUUCCAGUACCGGGAGAUGUUAGACGAUACCCACCGGAUCACAUUAACGCUGUAAUCACACAUACCAUUCACUUUCUGGGGCUUCUUACUUUCUACCUAGGCAUCAAACUCCCUUUCGAAGUUUCGUGGUCUUGCAGAAGAUUCGGUGUUGGUAUGCCUUGGAUCGGAGCAGUACGAGGGACUGAGUCCUGGGCAAAAUGGACAACCAAACACCCUCUGCACCUCACCUCGAAUCCUUCCUCUUCUCCCUCUUCUCCCUCCUCGCCGUCCCAAGCGCCAUCCGUCUCACUAGCUGACUCAGAAGCUCCAGAACAGACGCCAGCACAUAGCCAAAACCAGUCGUUCACCACCGGCCUUGCGAUGCUCCUCUACAACGUGUGUUAUCUCGCUCAUAGCCAAGGCGUCGAGAUUCCCUUGUCACAGGCAGGUGAUGCCUUGAGUAAUUUGUGGGCUGUAUGUUGCAGCGGAGAGCUUGGGCGUCGGUCGCACUCUACCACCCCGCUCCUCUUACCUCCAACCCCACCCUCGUUCACACUUGACUUUGCUCAGGUCCUUCAAGCCACUGCUGCUAGUCCUGCUCGGGCAGCACGAAUACGGCCGGGACGUGCGGCGCAAGAAGCUGUCAGUAGAACAGUGAGUGAACGUAUCAUAGAAGAGGAAGAGGGCUGGGAUGUGGUAGAACUUGGUGGAGAUGAGGGAUUUGGAUAAAUGUACAAGCUGGGAGAGACGGUCAAUGAUUGGAUGUUGGUGACCGUAGACGUUUGGGACAGUUCAGUUGAUAACUCUGCAGGAGACCAUGGAUUUACAUCAAUUCUGGUGAGCACAUGUGUAUAUAAACAAUCGGUAUUAGUCUGCAUCUUAUCCUGCUAGCUCUGUAUCCACUUAGAGGCCUAUGAUGGCACUGGCAUGCAUGUAUUUCGGCCAUUUCGAAAAAAGACGAACGCAGACCAUCAGCGUGUACCCAAGCUACACGAAUGUAGGCACAAGUAAUGCCACCUAAUUCGAUGCAAGAGCCCCUGUCGCCCUGGCCUGUUCUAGAAACUUAGCGCUAGGCAGCUUCAUCUCCUGAAACCGCUUGAUACGUGUCGGCUGCUCCCACACUGAAACGACCAAUGUGAUGUUAUCGGCACUUGCUGGAUCACUAUAUCCUGCGUCGC